AUGGCUGGCGUUGACGCGGCGAGGUAUGCGCAGAGCCCAGCGCACCACGCCGUGGCGAUGCAGGACCACGCUGCCCUUCGCCGCGUGCUAGACGCGCUCCCGCAGGCUCGGAAGCCCGAGGAGAUCCGGACGGAGGCGGACUCCAUCGCCGAGGAGGUGCGAGCGGAGGCUGUCUCGGCCAUCCUCGACCGGCGUGACGUCCCUGGGCGCGAGACCCCGCUCCACCUCGCCGUCCGCUUCGGCGACGCGGCGGCAGCUGAGAUGCUCAUGGCGGCGGGGGCCGACUGGAGCCUGCAGAACGAGCAUGGCUGGAGCGCGCUCCAGGAGGCUAUCUGCGCGCGUGAGGAGGCGCUCGCACGCGUCAUCGUGCGCCACUACCAGCCUCUCGCCUGGGCCAAAUGGUGCCGCCGCCUGCCCCGUGUUGUCGCCGCCAUGCGCCGGAUGCGCGACUUCUACAUGGAAAUCACAUUCCACUUCGAGAGCUCCGUCAUUCCCUUCAUCUCCCGCAUCGCGCCCUCGGAUACCUACAGGGUCUGGAAGCGCGGGGCCAACCUCCGUGCGGACAUGACGCUUGCAGGCUUCGAUGGCUUCAAGAUCCAGCGCUCUGACCAGACUAUUCUGUUUCUUGGGGAGGGCUCGGAGGACGGCAAGGUGCCACCAGGGUCCUUGUGCAUGAUUAACCACAAAGAUAAGGAGGUGAUGAACGCGCUUGAAGGUGCUGGCGCGCCGGCCUCCGAGGCAGAGGUCCAGCAGGAGGUCACCGCAAUGUCACAGACGAAUAUCUUCCGUCCGGGGAUAGAUGUCACUCAAGCAGUGCUGCUUCCACAGGUCACAUGGCGGCGGCAGGAGAGGACAGAGGCUGUUGGCUUGUGGAAGGCUAAGGUGUAUGACAUGCACCAUGUUAUGGUGAGUGUUAAGUCAAGGAGGGUUCCUGGUGCUAUGACGGAUGAGGAAUUCUUUUCAGCUUGCAAUGAGAAUGAUACUGAGAGUGAGGGGUUCGAUGAUGUACUGACUGACGAGGAGAAGAGGCAGCUGGAAUCUGCGCUUAAGAUGGAUUCUUCAGAUGCUGUUGGUGACAGCCAGUCCGACACCUUUGUAGGUCCUAGGCAUAGUUGCUUUGAGCCAAGGGAGAGGGAAAUACCAAUUGAGGAUUUGAGCAUCUCUGGAAAUGGGGAGAGUAAGCAUGAUAAGAAAGGUUGGUUUAGUAAUUGGGGAAAGAGGGGUCAAACUGGCAUUAGUAAACUAGAGAUGACAAAGAAGAUGGCACCUCCAAGAAGUUCGCUCUGUGUAGAUGAGAAGGUUAGCGACCUCCGCCUUGCAUCUCCAUCAAAUGUACAAACUAAACCAGGAAGACAUUCAGUGGAUAUAGUGAGAAGGGAUGAGAACAGAAAUGGCAAGGAAAAGGACUGUCGUAAACUUGCAACUUCUGAGAAUGGACAUAGGCGCAAAGAAAGUAGCAAAGAAAGUGAGUAUAAGAAAGGUCUAAGGCCUGUUCUUUGGUUGUCCCCUAAUUUCCCUCUGAGGACUGAGGAGCUCUUGCCACUACUUGAUAUUCUUGCAAACAAGGUGAAGGCAAUCCGUCGUUUGAGGGAUCUACUCACCACAAAACUGCCUCCAGGAACUUUUCCAGUCAAGGUUGCCAUUCCAGUUGUACCCACAAUCAGGGUUCUUGUGACAUUCACAAAGUUUGAAGAGCUACAGCCAUUAGAAGAGUUCAGCACACCUCCUUCCAGCCCUGACAAUUGCAAGAGCCCAGGAGCCCAGACGUCUUCAAGCUCCUGGGUUCAGUGGAUCAAGGCUCCUUACCGCCAGAACUUCUCGACAGCACAAGGUCCCAGCAACCGUGUGGAGGACAUCCAAGACCCCUUUGUUAUCCCUGCUGAUUAUGCCUGGACUACGCCAGGAGAGAAGAAAAAGAGGACACAAUAA